AUGAAGUGCAAGAAUGAAGUGGAUCCAAACCUGGAUCUCGACCCUGUGGCUGCCUCUUCCUGGGCAUGCCCACCCUCCUCCACAGCAAGUGGAGAUGACACAGCACUGCCAGAGCAGUUUGAGCUCCUGGAAAAAACAGAUGGGCUUGCUGCAUGCAAGAAGGCACUGGCCUGGGAUCCAAGGGGAUGGGAGGUGCUACGGGAUGACUUYCGCCAAAACCCUACAGAUGUUGUGGUGGCAGCUGGAGAGCCUGCAAUCCUGGAGUGCCAGCCACCUCGAGGGCACCCUGAGCCUACCAUCUACUGGAAGAAAGAUAAAGUCCGUAUUGAUGACAGGGAGGAGCGGAUCAGCAUCCGUGGUGGGAAGCUGAUGAUCUCCAACACCAGAAAAAGUGAUGCAGGAAUGUACACGUGUGUUGGGACCAACAUGGUGGGGGAGCGYGACAGUGACCCCGCAGAGCUGACCGUCUUUGAGCGGCCCACGUUUCUCAGGCGACCGAUUAACCAAGUGGUGCUGGAGGAGGAGGCCGUGGAUUUCCGGUGCCAGGUGCAGGGGGAUCCCACACCCACAGUCCGGUGGAAGAAAGAUGACGCAGACUUACCRAGAGGAAGGUAUGACAUCAAAGAYGACUACACUCUGCGCAUUAAGAAAGCCAUGAGUACGGAUGAAGGAACCUACACCUGCAUYGCUGAGAAUCGAGUUGGCAAAGUGGAAGCCUCUGCUACGCUGACGGUGCGAGCUCGCCCCGUUGCUCCCCCACAGUUUGUGGUGAGACCACGAGACCAGAUUGUAGCCCAGGGUCGAACUGUGACUUUUCCUUGUGAAACUAAAGGAAAUCCCCAGCCAGCUGUUUUCUGGCAAAAAGAAGGAAGUCAGAAUCUACUCUUCCCAAACCAGCCUCUGCAGCCCAACAGCAGAUAUUCCGUGUCACCAACCGGGGACCUCACCAUUACCAACAUUCAGAGGUCUGAUGCAGGCUACUACAUUUGUCAAGCACUGACGGUUGCUGGAAGCAUUUUAGCGAAGGCUCAGCUGGAGGUUACUGAUGUUUUGACAGAUCGGCCCCCGCCCAUCAUCCUCCAGGGCCCUGUCAACCAGACGCUGGCGGUGGAUGGCACAGCUCUGCUCAAGUGCAAGGCCACCGGCGACCCCCUCCCUGUCAUCAGCUGGCUGAAGGAAGGAUUCACCUUCCUGGGUCGAGACUCUCGGACAUCCAUCCAGGACCAGGGGACGCUCCAGAUCAAAUCRCUGCGGCUGUCCGACACUGGGACCUACACUUGCGUUGCUACAAGUUCCAGUGGGGAGACGUCCUGGAGUGCUGUGCUGGAGGUGACAGAAUCCGGUGGAGCAGCAGUCAGUAAAAGUUAUGAUGUAAAUGACCUCCCUGGGCCACCAUCCAAGCCUCAGGUCACUGAUGUCACUAAGAACAGCGUCACCCUGUCCUGGCAGCCAGGGACCCCUGGAAGCCUACCAGCUAGUGCAUAUAUCAUUGAGGCUUUUAGUCAGUCUGUGAGCAAUAGCUGGCAAACGGUGGCCAACCACGUGAAGAGCACCCUGUACACUGUGAGAGGCCUGCGCCCCAACACCAUCUACCUGUUCAUGGUCAGAGCCAUCAACUCCCAGGGGCUGAGCGACCCCAGCCCUAUGUCMGACCCCGUCCGAACUCAAGAUAUCAGCCCCCCAGCACAAGGUGUGGAUCACAGGCAAGUGCAGAAGGAGCUGGGAGAUGUCAUUGUACGGCUCCAUAAUCCUGUAGUGCUGACACCCACAACAGUGCAAGUCACCUGGACGGUUGACCGGCAGUCCCAGUUUAUCCAGGGCUACCGAGUCCUGUACCGCCAAACAUCUGGCCUGCCUGCUCCAGCUGUGUGGCAGAACAUGGAGGUCAAAGUGCCGACCGAGCGCAGCGCUGUCCUCGUCAGCCUCAAAAAGGGCGUCACUUACGAAAUCAAGGUUCGCCCUUAUUUCAAUGAGUUCCAAGGGAUGGACAGUGAAUCAAAGUCUGCUCGCACCACAGAGGAAGCUCCAAGUGCCCCUCCUCAGUCUGUCACUGUCCUGACAGUUGGAAACCACAACAGCACSAGCAUCAGCAUCUCCUGGGAUCCUCCCCCUCCUGAUCACCAAAAUGGAGUCAUCCAGGAGUACAAGAUCUGGUGCCUAGGUAAUGAGACUCGAUUUCAUAUCAACAAAACAGUAGAUGCAGCCAUUCGGUCUGUAGUAAUAGGUGGCCUAUAUCCAGGUAUCCAGUACCGUGUGGAAGUUGCUGCAAGCACCAGUGCAGGUGUGGGAGUAAAAAGUGAUCCACAGCCCAUAAUAAUUGGAGGUCGUAAYGAAGUUGUCAUCACCGAAAAUAACAACAGCAUAACUGAGCAAAUCACAGAUGUGGUCAAGCAGCCUGCCUUUAUAGCUGGCAUUGGUGGUGCAUGUUGGGUCAUUCUGAUGGGCUUCAGCAUCUGGCUCUACUGGCGAAGAAAGAAGAGGAAGGGGCUCAGCAAUUAUGCUGUCACUUUCCAAAGAGGAGAUGGAGGACUCAUGAGCAAUGGAAGCCGACCAGGUCUGUUGAAUGCAAGUGAUCCCAGUUAUCCUUGGCUUGCAGACUCUUGGCCUGCCACAAGUCUGCCAGUAAAUAACAGCACUAGUGGACCCAAUGAUCUUGGGAAUUUUGGUCGUGGAGAUGUGCUGCCACCCGUGCCAGGGCAAGGAGAUAAAACGGCCACCAUGCUUUCCGACGGAGCCAUUUACAGCAGCAUCGACUUCACCACCAAAACCAGCUACAACAGCUCCAGCCAGAUCACGCAGGCCACGCCAUAUGCCACCACCCAGAUCCUGCAUUCCAACAGCAUCCACGAGCUGGCUGUCGAUUUACCGGAUCCGCAGUGGAAAAGCUCAAUUCAGCAAAAAAAYGACCUCAUGGGAUUCGGUUACUCUCUCCCAGACCAAGGCAAAGGCAACAAUGGUGGCAAAGGAGGGAAAAAGAAGAAAAACAAAAAUACUGCCAAGCCCCAGAAAAAUAAUGGUUCAAACUGGGCCAGUGUUCCCCUCCCACCUCCUCCUGUGCAGCCACUUCCAGGCACAGAGCUGGAGCACUAUGGGGUGGAUCAGCAAGAAGCAGGAUAUGACAGUGAUGGUUGGUGUCCACCUUUGCCAGUUCAGACCUACCUGCAUCAGGGCAUGGAGGAUGAGCUUGAAGAGGAUGAUGAUCGUGUCCCCACACCUCCUGUCCGGGGAGUAGCUUCAUCUCCUGCCAUCUCCUUUGGGCAACAGUCGACUGCAACCCUCACGCCUUCCCCACGAGAGGAGAUGCAGCCAAUGCUUCAAGCUCACCUCGAUGAGUUAACAAGGGCUUACCAGUUUGAUAUAGCAAAGCAGACAUGGCACAUCCAAAGCAAUACACAACCUCCUCAGGCUCCAGUUCCUCCCCUAGGAUACGUAUCUGGAAACCUCAUUUCAGAUUUGGAAACAGAUGUUCCAGAUGACGAUGAUGAUGAGGAUGAUAUGGAAGAAGAAGCUGUAGAAAUCAGUAGGCCACUGAGAGGUCUAGAGCAUACUCCAGGCUCCAGUAUGGACAAUCUAGACAGCUCUGUGACAGGUUCAAUGGUAAAUGGAUGGGGUUCUGCGUCUGAUGAGGACCGUAACUUUUCUAGUCAUAGAUCUAGUGUAGGUAGCUCCUCAGAUGACUCGAUCUUUACCAGCGGCACUUUUGCACAAGCACUGGUUGCAGCAGCAGAUAAAGCUGGGUUUAGGCUGGAUGGAACCAGCCUGACCAGAACAGGCAAAGCAUAUUCUUCCUCUCAGAGACCUCGGCCAGGCAGUCCUUUUUCCACUGACAGCAACACCAGUGCAGCUGUCAGUCAGGGGCAGAGGCCACGGCCCACGAAGAAACACAAGGGCGGACGUUUGGAGCAGCCGGCGCUGCCCCAUCGCCGGGAGGGAAUCACGGAUGAUCUUCCACCACCACCCGACCCGCCCCCCGGUCAGGGUUUAAGGCAGCCCAUCGCGCCCGGCCAGCGCGGAGGCUCUGCCGAGAGGAAGGGCAGCUCUCUGGAGAGGCAGCACGCAGAUGACACAAAGAGYUCCCUGGACCGGCCCGCUAGGACAUCACUAGAGUGGCAGCGGCAAGCCCAGGAGUGGAUAAGCUCUACAGACCGCCAAGAGGAUUUCAGRAAAGCCCAACACAAACAAGCCUUCGGAUCAGAAGAGGCACUCGUACCRUAUAGUAAACCCAACUUCCCAUCCCCUGGUGGCCACAGCUCUUCAGGAACAUCUUCUUCUAAAGGAUCGACUGGACCUAGAAAAGAGUAGUUGAGAAGACACAUUGCAARCUGCUCUGAUGGACCAUCAGGUCUGAACUCAUGGAAGUGAUGACACUAAACAGUGCAAUGAACAUUUUCUUUAUUUAUGUACUAUUAAAAGAACUGUAAAUGCAAUGUAAAGACACACAGCCACACAUAUCCCACAGAUACUUUACUUGUGUUCUUCUCUUUAACACACCAUCCACCUUAAACUAUUCCUUGUCAGGAGUAUAUAAAAAAAAAAAAAGAAAGAAAAAAAAAUCACCCUCCAGGAUGAAAAGGAUUUCCUUCUGUAUAUAAUUUCUUUUGUUGCAUUGCUAUGCAAGCUCACCUUCUUUUUAGCUAUGUUCAUAUUCAUGUCUGUUUUUACUGGUCUGUUGUACUAUAUGUGAAUUAAUAGGCUGUGGUGCCAUAUAUUAACUUUUAAUUGUGUAACUUUUAUGUUUAAAGUUUGCACUGCAAUUUUAUUUGGUGAUAAGCACAAAACUCUACUCCUCAUGACAUGAAGAAAAAAGAGACUGAAUGUGUGAAGAAGGUUUACGUCCCGUAAGCUACUUUGGAUGUGACGGAGUACGUUAGGUGGUUUUCCAUUGGGGCGUAGAAAUGAGAAAGUGACAGGCAAAACUGAUGUCAGUGAAGACAUUAGAGACAGAUUUAAACCUUUUAAAAGCAAGCAACAUAGUUGCUCUUCCUAUUUAAGAAGGGGUCAGAAGUCAGAAGUGUGAGAUUAAAGAGUGAAUAUGAAAACUAAAGGUAGCAUGAGAUGGCCUAGACCCUUUCACAAGAAUGAUACCCUUAGGAYCUUCUUUCAGCCAUCCCAUGCCACUGAGUAAAGGGGAAGAAAAACAAACCUUGCCUCAAAAAAAAAGAACUUUAAGGUGUUUCACUAAAGCUGUUUUUAUUUUGCAGUUUAAAAGAAUUACUACCAUUAAUUUCUCCAGCCCAAAAUAGAGGACAGAGAUUUUCCAGGAGAAACAAACCAUAUAGACACAAGGAAUACCUAGYAAGAAGAUAAGAAUGCAAUUUAUUAUUAAAGACAUAUUCAGGCUGCUUCCAAAAAAUUGAAAUGUCAGAGUAUCUUAUUUCAUCUUUCCAAUACAUGUACAGUAUGAUAGAGGAUAAAGCUGCACCACUGAAAUUCAUGACAUUAAUUGUUUUGAUGCAGUCUACACAACCCUUUCUGUUACAUACCUGAAGUCUCCAGCAAGACCUGAAGUUGGAUCCACUAAAUUUAUAGUAAAAUGUUUAGUGUUUGGAAGGAAAGCAAUGGUCAAAUCAAUUUUGGCUUGCAUUAAGUAUAUUUCUGGCAAUACAAUACAUCCAAAAAGUUGGAUAUAAGCAAAGAAAGUCUUUGACCUAUGUUUAAGUGAGUGGCUUCAAACUCUAGUAUGAUGAGGAAAUAACGCAUGUUUAUACACUUUUUGAAUAAACCUGACUCUGUAAGUGGACAUUAAUGACAGCAUCCUGUCUCUUCAUUAAUUUUCACAACUUUGUCCAAGUCUUCUGUACCUCUCAAAUCUCCAAGAGUGAAUUCUCAAGCUUUUCUUACAAUAUUGUAUGUGGAUUACCCACUCAUUACUUUGAUGCUGAAUUUAAAUAUUGCAUCUUACAGCUUAUUUCUGUUAGUUAUCUGACCAUGAACACAAGUUUCCAUUGAAUACCUUUUUCAUAUAACCAGUCUAUGUUGUUUUAUAUAUUGCCUUGGAGCUCACCAGUAUUAAGAACACUUCUAGUAAUGGCAGAAAUUUAGAAAAGUAAAUUAUGAUGCUAAAUAUGUGUUGCUUUUCAUUUCAUUAACUUGUUCCAUGAUAAGAUAAAACACUACAGUCAUCAACUAUAACUCAGCACUACUGAAUAUUUGAAAAAUGGUAGUUAACUCCCUUUAAGGUCAAGACGUGUUAAGUUGCAAACAAAAAAAAAGUUGAGGAAAAAAAGUAUAAAUUUAUUUACAUAUGUGACCGAUGAGUAUAUUUCAUUUUCUUGCUUGUUAAAACACCAUAUUUAAAAUUAUUAGUUAAAAAUGUGCAAAAAUGUUCAAGUAAGAUAAAGAAUGCAGCAUAAUUACCUAUAUAUGGUUUUUAUUUUGGUAUUACCAUCUGAAGAGAAGACUAUUCAGAGUACAAUUCAAAUUUAAUUCUCUGGAAAAUGUUUAYCUCAGUCACCAGUAAUUGUUUUUUCCCCGGUUAAUUCAAAAGUUUGUGCUGAGCUUUGGUGGAACACCUUACUCACUCUAUUCUAUUCAAAAUUCAGUACCAUUAGAGGUUGAUAAAGCCAUUCCAAUUACUUUCAAAUAUGUGUUUUAUCUCUUCCACUGGAAAGUAAAUGUGUGUCAGUAUUAAAGCUGUGCAGUACCAUGAUGUUCACUAACUUGUCCAUCUGCUUCUGUACAUUUUUGUUCAUUAAUAAUUUGCUUACAAUAUUACAUAAGGUGUUGUUGUGUAUGGCAAAGUGUCUCCAUUAUCUUACAGGUGAUGUCUCUUCUUUUUUUUCCUCUCUCUCUUUUCUAUACAGUGUACUUCCAAUGAACCACAGUACAUAUUUUUUAAAAUGCCAUUUAAUUUACUAUUUUAAAAGAAGUAUUCUUCUUUUUUUAAAAAAAAAAUGAAAACAUUUAUUGUGAAUAAUGUGUUUAAAGAAAAGGGAUGUUGUGGCAGCACUUAGAAUUGUUUUUUAAUUUGUUUUUUUAAAAAAACUGUUUAUUGGCUACCGUUUGUUCACGAAAAAAGUAUGACCUCUUAAUGUGUUUCAUUGGUAUUGUUAGUGCAGCAAAGUUUAAUUGGCAUAAGAAGUUGGUUAAUAGUACUGUUGAAGUGUGUAUUGUAUAUUUACUGGGGAAAAAAUAAAACAUAUUCACAUUUCAAAUCUAUGUUAAAAGGCCUUGAGUAAGGAGUCAAUAUGUGAAAACCCAAACGGAAAAUCAGGCAAUAAUAACAUAGACUGAGCUAUAAUCAUCACUGUCCACUUACAGGUGACAAGGAACAUUUUGUACGCUAUUUUUUGAGCCAGUGGUAAACAUUGCCUGUGCUAGGGGUUUGUGUUUGAUGUCCUGUGUGCACUGGGAGCAGCUGUACCAAUGUCCUUGCACUGAUACAGCUCUUCCAGUGAAUAUUCUCUUUGCAGCUGUGCUCCCUCAGCAUGAGGGAAGGACUGCAGGGGCACAGCUUGCUCUGCCUAAAGCCCACAGAGUUGUGGCUGUGUAAAACCUGCUCUGAACCCUUGGGCCUGGGGUUUGGUACUGGUGGAGCUACUGCCAACCCAGUACAGAAUAACCUCAAAAUGUAUGGAUAAGUGCUAGGUCAAUUUUUCUCAACCUUUGCAUUGAAUACAUGCUCAAUUUUAAAUGCAGGAGGGCUGAAGGACCAAAUGAUAAAUUGUUCCAUGUGCUUCAGUGGUGUAUUGCUGUAUGGGCAGCCAUUUCAGUGAUGCAAAGAACAGACAUUUCUUUUUUUURUUAUUUCUUUUUUUUAUAUUUUAAAUUUUUUUUAUUUCCCAAGUGUGUAUCCAAGUCAGUAACUCUUUAGAAUUCCUUUCGGUUGUCACCUGAAAUGCAACAGAAACACCGUUCCUUGGGAAAAGCACAAAAGAUAAGGUUCAUGGAAUGUUUUUAARUGUAUUAAUUUAACUAAACACUGGUGCAAAAGGAAGGCUUGGCUGUUUGAAAUAAUUCUGUGCUGGUUUAUGCUUGCCUCAGCCCAUACAUUGUCAGCCAUGAGAAGAGGCGUGUACUGAGGCUGAGAAAGAGCUCACAACUGAAAGAGGAAAGGAAAUAGGGUUGGGGGAGAUUUUGGCAGGAACUUCCAUUUAAAAAAGAAAAAAUUACAGGCAGCUCCUUUGGCUUGUCUACAGUUUAUGCAGUUUGGGGUUUUUUUAUGAUUAAUGGCUUGGGGAAAUUUAGCAGGGGAACUAGAAAGAAAAAAAAAAUGAUCUUCUUUUAUAAAGAUUGGGGGGACCUUGUUUGCUGAGGGGAGGGUUUUUUAAUUUCUUUUUUAUUUUUUUAACACAUGUUUUGUGUUCCAUCUAUCUGGAACACAUUAGGUAAAAAACAAAUUGUUUUUGUAAACCAUGUAGGCAACAGACAAUUCAUUUAGGAGGCAUAUUCAAAGAGCAUGAAAACGGGAAAAACUAAUACUGAAAUAAGGAGCAYAUACUGGUUUAGAAUUGGCUAAGUCCUCCACAGUUUCACAUGCAAUUUUGAAAAGUAUAAUGACAUGUAUAAACUGGUUUUGAUUGCCAUACCAAAAUGAAUUAUCCAAAGUCCACAGGAGGCCUAGAUCCUCGGGACACUGAAUCUGGUGCUUUAUUUUAAAUAUUUUAAAUAUGUGGUGAAUCCAAGCUGAUGAGGCUGAAGUAUGAGAGUCCCCAGCUCUGGCAGCUCAGACCCCAGGGAGUGUCCAGCUGGGAAGCCCUCAUGGCUUUAGGCUCAGCGUGUUUCUGUGGAUCCCAGGCAGGUCAGGAUGUAGAGGAAGGUCUCUUCUCUGAGGAUGGAGUUUUCAGGGCAGGGAAGAUCUUCAGUUACUGUGGUACCGUGGUGGUUUGCAUUGUGACCUCUUAGACAGGCACGUCUCACAUUUUGGGCCAUCCUCCCUAAUUCUCAUCUCAGUGCAUUCCUGCUGUGGUCUGUGCACUCAGUGCUGUUGUUGUUCCCUGGAUCUGGGGUGUCUGGCAUGGGACUGCAAGAGCAGAAGAGCUGUGGAGGUGCUCUGCAUGCUCUGAGUGGCCAGAUGUGKGGAUAAAUGCUGUGUUGGUUCAGGGGGAGCAGGGAGCACCGGAGAGCAGGGACACCAAACUGCUCCUCUGGCUUGUCCUCUGCCCCUCUGCAAGACUGACCUCAGUCCUGCCAGCACUCCCAAAUUGRUGGAUUCAGCUCACAGAUAUCCCCUGAGAUCCAGAGGAGAUGUAGGGCYGUGCUCACGAGCACAGGAGGUUAUUUGAGGAGAGGCAGCUCUGAGUUCUGCGGUUGGUGUGAGGACCGGAUUCCUCUCUACCCUGCCCUUAUCUAACUGUGGAGAUACAUCCAUGGAGAUCCCACCAGAAAAACAAAUGCCUGGAGCAGAGCUCAGCAUUGUAGCAUCUCCUGGCAUGUGACUCCUUAGUCUGUUGUAGACAAUCCUGGGUUCUCUGCUGAAUUCUCACCAUGUGCUGAGGACUCUGAUGCCUCAUGACAUCUAGGCCAGUGAGRUGUCUACUCUUGCUUUAGCAGAAUGGACCAAAAAAACAAAAGCCCCCAAAAUCUAAACCUUUAAUUUUAACACAAACCUUUUAAAACAAUCCUCAGAAAUCCUAGAAAAUAGCAUUUCAGAUGCACAUUUGACAAUUUUGUUUUUCUUUUUCUUGGUAUUUUAUUUUGGCUACCCUUGAAAUGAUCGAUUUAUUUUUUUUUUUCAGAGCAGUUACACUGUCCCUGCACCCCUACCCCCUGCAUUUUCCAGUACUUAUCUUCCAUCUGUAAAGAAGUUAYGGUAGAGAAUUAUGACAUUUGUGUACUUCCAUUGUUCUAACUUUGAGCAACAAGGUGCACAGUUGCAUUCAGUUCAAUUGAUCAAAGCCAGAUGGGCACAAAAUGUUUGUGGGUUAUUUCUUKUCUAAAAAGGCCUGCUACCACUUGUGCUGAUAUUUGUUCCCCAUUUAUGCUGAUCAGUGCAUCUUUUGCCUUUAAGGAUGCCAUUAGUAACUCUCCUUUGUGUUCAAAAGCAGGAAUCCAUUGUGCAGCACUUGGAGAGCCACUCGGAUGCAGGUAAAGAAUAUAACAGCUUGAGCAAGUGCUAAUUAGAACCAAUUAAAGUUAAUUGACCUCCUUUGGCAGUAAAAUGCAUAAUAGAACUUGCUCUGUCCUUGCAAAAUGGAGAUCUUGCCUCUAAGCUGAGAGUGAAGCAGGGUUUGGUGCAGCAGCCUGGAGUAAUUAUGUGGGUAUAACAACCAGGAAGCUGCUUGCUACAAUUUGUUCUAAUAACUGAGCUCUGCUGUAUCGGGGCAGCACAUUAAAAGUGAGAUUUCUGCUCCAGUCUAUUUAAAAACCUAAUUUUUACAGAGCAMAUGAGCAUCCCGAGGUACUGAUACUAAUCUCUAGGAAUGAGUUGGCAGAAAAAUAGAGUCCCUUUUAUAGGUAAGUAAUGGUGUGAGCAUAAAAAAAAUCCCACAGUUACUGGCCUGCUGGUUGGAAAGAGCCCUGAGAUACUCAGAGUUUGCAUCUGUCCUGAGCAGAGGGGUGAGCUGGUGCUUGGUCUGGGUGAAAGAUCUGCCCACAGAUCGGGAUUCCCCACUGGACCUUGCCAUGGGGUCCCCCUGUUGGAAAAGGGGCAGUGGCCUCCAUCAGCUGAGGUUUGUGGUGCUGCUGGACUGCACCACUGCCACUGGUCAGAGGUACCCAGAGGGAAAGAGCAGGGGAAAGAAAAAAUGAAGGAUAGGAAAUGAAAAAUUGUAUGAAUGCAAAAGCAUCAGUGGUGGGUGCUAAACUAUACAUCGCUGUGAAAUGUUGAAAAGCCAUUUUUAUUAGCCAACCAGAAUUGAUCCAGUUUCUGUGACCAUGCUGUGAUGACUUUUUGCUUGGCAGGAACUGAAUGCGACUGAUUUUGCUGCUAACUUGGCCUUACUAUGAACAGCAAUAAAGGUGUUAGUCAGGUGGGGACUUUGAUGUGACCAGUAACAUCACUCUCCCUUCAGGGAAUGUUCUGUGCUGGCUUGUUAAUGAAUUUCUUUCCUAAUGAGUAUCAUUAAAAACCCUUUGAUUAGCUAUUUGUGUGAAUGCCCUUCCUUUUUCUUACUUGCACGAGUGGCAGCAGGAUUUUGCCCCAGGCAGAAAGCACGAAGCUCUGUUCCUCACCUCAUGAAUACAAGU